AUGGCCACUGGAGCCAAGUGCUCAGAGAUUCUCUUCAAGGAGCAGAAAAGAUUAACUGAGAUUCUUCAACGAAAGCCAGAUGCUCUCCUGAGAGAGUUACGGUCCCAGUCCAUUAUCUCUGUGAAGGAACACAAUGCCUGGCGGAGAAUUAAAAAGCCAGAGGAGAGAGUCAGACGUGUGAUAGAAAAAGUACUUCAGGAGGGAGAGGCAACAUGUCAGCAGUUCCUGGAGAGUUUAAACAAUCUACAACAUGGACGUCAGUGCAUGAAUCUGCUUUCUGAAUAUUCCCUGCCUGAGAGACCAAAAGCCAUUCAGUACAUCGAGUCAAAGCUAAAAAUGAAGAAAUACAGAAGCAAGAAACUAAAGCUGAGCGAUGUCCUGGAAAUCACCCCACAAUGUCUAGAGGACCGGCCUCCUCAGACAAUAGAAGAUUUACCUUGGCAUUUCCUGAGGAAGCUCCUGGCUCUGAGUGGGAUGGCAAGAAGCACAUGCCUUGAGCACAGGGCACCCACUGAUCAAACACUAACUGUGGACAAAGAAGAGCUGGAUAUUCAUGAACAUUAUUUUUUUCUCAGUGACACUGUCACCAAUGAUUCUCUGAACCCCCUUGAUGUUCUCUGUGCUGUGCUGCUUUGCUCAGACUGUUUCCUACAGCAGGAGAUUCUGUCCAAAAUGUCCACGUGCCAGUUUGCCCUCCCUCUGCUGCUACCUGCCCUCAACACCCCCAAGGGCACUCUAAUGCUGUGGGCCAUGAGGGACAUUGUGAGGAAGUGGAGGCCGCACUCCCUGGCGGAGAGCAGAGGGUUCAGAGAGGAGAGCCUGGUGCUCACAGCAAUGCCAACCAUUUCCUUUGUGCGGAUGGGGAGCUGCAGCUUCUCCAAGUCCAAACUCCUUAAUGACAUUCUGAGCCCCUCCCAGCAGAGGCACAAUUUCUUUGUCCAUCGGGACAUGGAGUCUGGGAACGUCCCUCGGGAAAUCGCAGAUGGGCUGGUUGAGAUUUCCUGGUAUUUCCCUGGUGGAAGGGAGAGUUCAGAUCUUUUCCCAGAACCCGUUGCGGUUACAAACCUGCGUGGAGACAUUGAGUCGCACCAGCUGCAGUUUUGUUUUUUAACACAGGUUUCCUCAGCAGUGUUCAUAGUUACUGAGAGCAUCAGUGACAGAGAAUACGCACUCUUAUCAUCUCUGCAGGGAUCAGCCACUAAAUACUACUUCAUCCUUAAUAGUCAGUCUGGGGAAGCCAAGGAAACACUGGGUUUCCUGAAAAAGUUGGCCCCAGUGCUAAAACUGAACAACUCACAUGUGCUGCAGAAAGGACGCGCCACAAAUAAGGCAGCGUUUGUAAAAUAUCUGCAGUCUGCAAUAGCAGCCGUAAUGACAUCUUCUCCCAAGAGAGUGAGUAUCGAAGCCAUGGCUGAGACUGCAUGUCAAUUAGGCAUCCAGGUAGAUGAGGAUAGUAAGGAAUGUCAGAGCACCUGCAAAUAUGCAAAGAAAAUCACUGUACAAAUAAAAGAUGUGGAAGAGUACAAGAGGGAAAAUCUGAGACUCCAGGGGGAGCCAUGGAAAAAGUUGGCUGAAGUGGAAAAAGAAAUGUGCCAAAUGAGAAGGCAAGGAGACAUCCCUCUUGAGAAAUACAAAUCUCAACUGAAAGAGAAAUUAUUAGAGUUACGUGCUCAGCAGAAUACACAUCACCCUACUGAUGGUGUCAGUACAUUUAUCAAGGGAAUAGGACACCUGCCGCCCAUGGAAAAACAUUACUUCCUGAAAUGGAUGAAGUUUGACCUGGAUCACAUUGCUCGGGAGAAUAUUUCUAAAUUACAGGAUCAAUAUAAAGAGAAAUGCAAACACUCAAAAGAUGACCCCAAACAGUUGGCAGAACUAGACAAAUUAAUCUCUGCCAGUUCCUUAGGGGUGGAGCAUUUCCUGCGUGAGUUGGGGCAGAUAUAUGAGGCUGAACACGCAAUGGUUGGCAAAAAGGCAAAAAAGCAAAGAAAAUUCAGCCACCUCCCAGGCAUAGCAGCUGACCUGAUGCUGGAAGGGUUUCCCAUGGAGCUGAUCGAUGGAGAUGUAUCCAACAUCCCACUGCAGUGGGUGACGGAUGUUCUGACUCAGCUCCAUGCCAAGCUGGGGGAAAGGUCCAGAAUGUUGGUUAUAACGGUGCUGGGAGUGCAGAGCACUGGGAAAUCCACCCUCCUCAACACCAUGUUCGGCCUGCAGUUUGCAGUGAGCAGUGGCCGAUGUACACGAGGAGCCUUCAUGACACUCAUUAAAGUGGCAGAGAACUUUCAGCAGGAGCUGGGCUGUGAUUUCAUCCUGGUGAUAGACACAGAAGGCCUGAAAGCCCCUGAACUGGCCAAAUUAGAGGAUAGUUAUCAACGUGACAAUGAGCUGGCCACGCUGGUGGUUGGAUUGAGUGACAUAACCAUCGUUAACAUGGCCAUGGAGAACGCCACCGAAAUGCAGGAUGUUCUGCAAAUUGUGGUCCAUGCUUUUCUCAGAAUGGAGGAAAUCGGGCAAAAACCGAACUGCCAGUUUGUGCAUCAGAACGUCAGUGAUGUGUCUGCAGAUGAACAAAACAUGAGAGACAGGAAACACCUCCUGGAACAGAUGGAUGAAAUGACCAAAGCUGCAGCAAACAUGGAAAAGAAAGGCAGGGAGAUGAAAUUUUCUGAUAUAAUGGAUUAUGCUCUGGAACAACACAAUUGGUACAUCCCUGGCCUGUGGCUUGGAGUCCCUCCCAUGGCUCCAGUGAAUGUGGGAUACAGUGAAAAGGUUUAUGAAUUAAAGAAAAAUGUGUUUGCAUUUCUGAAAGGCUCUUCACAAAAGAGAUCCCCCAAGGACAUUCCCCAAUUUAUCGAAUGGGUGAAGAGACUGUGGAAUGCUGUAAAACAUGAGAACUUCAUCUUCAGCUUUAGAAACAGUCUCGUCGCUGAAGCCUAUAACCAGCUGUCUGUGAAGUAUGCAGAAUGGGAAUGGGGUUUCCGCAAGAUGAUGCAUCUCUGGGUAUCUGAAAAGGAAACUUUCAUCCAAAAUCAGCCACCAGAUAAACUAGACACCAAUGUUUUAACCAAACUAAAGAAUGAGGCACAGGACAAACUGAGGCAAGAAGCAGAGAAGAUUUUGGAUCAUUUAAAACAAUAUUUUGAAAGUGGAGCAGCAAAUCUGCACCUGAUAGAAAAGUACAAAGAAGAUUUUUGUAGAAGUGCAAAUGGUCUGAGGAAUGAACUGGAGAGUUAUUCAUUGAGUAAGUGGCAAGAAGCGAUUCGAAUUAAGAAAGGCAGGCACAAAACAGAUGCUAUUAUGUCAGAGUACAAGAGAAAAAUUGAAGAGCAAGUUGAUAGGCUUCUGAACCAGUGCAGGAAAAGCAAAUGCAAACUAAAUAAUAAUGAACUGAAGAAAGAAUUUGACAACACGUGGAGUGAAACAUUGUCUGAAUUAUCACUCAUUCCUUUACAGAAACGCAAAAUAAGUGAAGAUAUGGAGUUUCAUCUGAGAAGAGACCUAGCGAAUAGGGGGAGUGCAGUAAGGCAGAGAUUAGAGGAAGCCAAAAGCUUGCCUACUUAUAAAACACAAUCUUUCAGAAUGCAAAAGGAAUACUUAGUCUCCAAUGUGUUCAGAGGUGUGAAAGAAUUCUUUACACAAGAACACUUGCAUAAAACAGAGGCUCUGGCUAAAUCCUUAAUAGAUAAGUGCAAUAGUUACACUGAAGGAAAAGUAAAUGGUAAAGCAGAUUAUGAUGAAACUUAUUGCAGAGAGUUGUUGUGGAUGAUUAACGAGCAGCUUCAGCAGGCUAAUUUUCGAAACCUUGACACCAGUGCAUACUUUGAAGUUGACCUAAAGCUUCACAUUUUGGGGGAUGCAGCACGUGCAUUUCAGAAGAUGCAUGAAGAAUUCAUUAAAGAAAAUGAUCCUCAGCGACGUCUGAGGAAACUGAAACCUCAGUAUCUCUCCACGUUCAAAGCUCUGUACUUAGAGAAGGAUGAGUAUCAAGACAGGGCCUGGAAUUUCUGUGAUCAGUGUCUGAGACCUGCUCUGGUGGACUACAUGAACAAGAGACUUGGGACAGAAAUCGUGGAUGAUUUUCUCAGCAGUGAAUGGUCUAUUGAGUACAGCACCCGGAGCUUUUUCCAAUUCUUUGUUCUGAAGCAGCUGUUGGAAGAAAAUGACUUUAACAGUUAUGUGCAAUACACAAGGAAUUAUGCUGAUUUAAUCAAGACCUGGAUAGAGAAACACUUGUUAACACACUACAGAGAGAAGGCAAGAUUGGGAGAUUUAGAGAAAAGGAUUUUAUCCCCAGUAAUUAAUAAACUCAACAAUGCUCUGAAAAACUCCAAAGGUGAGAAGACUAAGAUAGUCUCUGUCUUUCUAAAAAACCUUUGUGAAAAGCUGCAACAGGAUCUAGUCAUUCCCAGGGACAGUUUUGAAGUGAUACUGUUUAAAAACACAGCACGUGCAGACCAAUUUUCAGCUUUUAUAUUACAUUUUAUUCCUGACCUCAAAAAACAAGUUUUAUCCACUUUUGAAAAUCUGGACAUUGAGGCAAAACUCUCAAAACUUACAGUGAAGCCUCAGGAUGAGAUCUUCAAGCGAGUGUUUGGCUGCGGGAAGCAGUGUCCGUUCUGUAAAGUCCCCUGUGACGCAGGAGCCCCUGCGCACAAGGAGCAUUUUGCAGCAGUGCAUCGACCUAAAGGAUUAGGGGAAUACCAGGGUAGCAAAACAGAGAUACUUACCUAUGAUAUAUGCUCUUCUGCAGUGGUUUCCAAUGGCACAUUCACAUGUUCAGAGACAAAAUGGGAACCUCAUCCUUAUAAAGAUUAUCGCAAAUUUUUUCCAGACUGGCUCAUCCAGCCAGAUCCCAGCAUCACCGCUUCUGAUUACUGGAAGUUUGUUUUCAAGAAAUUCAAUCACCAGUUUGCUAAGGCGUUUGAUGCUCUCCCUGCUGAUCUCCCUGAGGACUGGGGUGAUAUUACCAAAGAGCAGGCACUAGAGAGCCUAAAGGAAACUUUUGCAUGGAAGCCAGAAACAGGCUGA